AACGAAUGAGAGACAACAUGCGACUGUGUUAGCCUAGCGGAUGAAAACAAAAAAAAUAAAAAUUACAUCAAAGCACAGAGAAAGAGGAAGAGAUGGAGGCAGAGGCAGAGGCAGAAGGUGAAGAAGGUGCGAAGCUAAGCAUUUACAAGGCGGCGAGAAGCAUAAAGCGAAGAGAGAACAGUUUGUACAACGCACUGAGAUCCAUCUACCAAGACUCCAUCUUCGUCUCCGAGAUCUCUCUUCUAUGGCCUCAGCUCCCUCUCCUCGCCAACCUCCGCUGCGGCCUCUGGUACUCCCGCCCCGCCGCCUUCCACUCCACCUGCUACUUCAAGUCCACCGACGGCCACACCAACAACUGCUCCUUCACCACCGCCCGCCUCAACCUCCACGUCGCCCUACUCGCCGGACAGAAAGGAGGCUGCAUCAUCGUCGAUUCCACUCGAAGAGGAAAGCGCUUCCCUGAUAGCAUGUCUAAAACUAUACCCAUCUGGACCUCUGUUCUCAAUCGUGCCAUUAAAGACUUUCGUGAUUCUAAUGGCUGUCCUCUUGAAUGGGAUUGUUCCUUGCACCUUCCCCUGUGGGUUUCCCAAACUGAAAGAGCUUCCAUUGAGAGGCGGUUAGAUGAGUGGACUCUGUUACUGAAAGCAAGUGGGGCUGAUAUUGCCUCCCUUGCUGCUUGCUUGAGGAAACCCCUGCGCCCUCUCUGGAUUUCGCAGAAAACUGUCAUCUGGUUGAAUGAAGUGCCUCACCAUGAAUCUUGGGAUUUCACACCCAUCAUUCUUCUCUCCGCGUCGUCUUCUUCAUCGGUCGUUGGCGCGAGCCAACACAGGACUACCUCUGAGUUCAGCUGGAAUUACAUUCCCGGUGCUGGAGACGACGAAGAAAGCUGGGCUAGGGGUUUAACUCCUGCUUUCUUCUGGAAACAUGUUUAUGAUCUUAUUAACUCAGCUCCUGAAGUCUGUAACCAGAAGGUUGCAGAUAUAGUUGAAAAGAGUAGAGUAUCCCGUGCUUAUAGAGGAGAAAGUGCACCACAGAUCACAGUUAAACCGCUCAAGUCAGCCUCCCUUUCAUUGCAUGAAGAACCAUCAGUAGCUUGUGAUUUUUCAAACAUUAAAAUUGACUCCGAGUCUUCGGAAGAUUUUGGAAUAUCUUGGUUGGGCUCAACUAAUUUGGCAGUUGGCACGGCUCAAGCUGCUGCAGAUGCUGCUGAUGUUGAUUGCAUAUUGAAUUGUGAUCAGGAGUCAAUCUCUGUCUGUCUUCCCAGUGCUGAAUCAUAUUUGCAUCUUCCAAUGGUGACUUCAAAGUUUGAUCGGUUUUCAUUAUUAAACAAUCUUCCUAAAGCGGUUAGCUUUGCAAAGUUCAAUCUCAGCCUGGGAAAAAGACUUCUAGUCUGUUGUAAUAACGGGGAAGAUAUUAGUGUAUGCGUUUGUUUAGCAAUCUUGAUGUCAUUAUUUGAUGAAAAAGGUAUGUUUGAUGGUGGGAAAUCCUUCAGUGCAGCACAAGUCACUAAAUGGGAUAUGAGACGUAGGCUUGUAUUUGUCUGCAAGUUUGCAACAGAUGCUCGACCAUCCAGAGGAAAUUUGAGGCAAGUUUUUAACUUUCUAAUUGGUGGAAAAUUCAAUCAUCCUCUGGACACGGGAAGAGAUGAGUAAUUGGAAUUGCGAGGGCAGAUGAUUGAAUGAAUAUUUUUGGCCAUUCCUAAAACUUUCCGAGCUUAAUACCUUGGAAUCUUGGAUUUUGCAUUGCGCAGAUGUGAAACUAUUCCAAAGUCAGUUUUCAGAGAAUUGUUGUAUGCCUAAGUUUAUGCGAAAUUUGACAUCUCUCGAACCUAUGAUUCUUUUCAUGUUCUGGUCUGAAUACACAAAUACUGAGAUGUCUAUGACUAGGUUAUAGAGUAUAGACCCAUGUGAUGCACGUGUUAGACAUUCAAUUUUAUGGAUGAAUAAUUAAUAUAGAACAAUUAAAGUAUUUGGAAGGUUUA